AUGGCUCAGGAUAACAAGAAUCCAGCGCCGGGCAAUAACCCCGCGCAACAACCCAAUAACGCACCACCACCACCUCCAGCAAAGACAGAUAACCCCCCCAAUACACCUGCGUCGAACCCGGCUCCUGCGCCGACUGAAAAUAAACCAAAUGAUGAUAAUAAACCGGACAACACUGAUAAUGCACCGAAACCUUCCCCUCCCGCGAAUACGGACGACAAAAAGCCUGGUGAGACCGUGAACCUACCAACACUCGGCAGUAGCACGGAAAGUGAGCCAUCAACGACAAAAGAAUCUCAAUCAAGUACUUCCAUUUCCCUUCCCAGCAAUUCUGAUUCGGACAGUGGGCCGGGUUUCUCUCUGCCCACGCUUACGGGUAUUCCUCAAAUCCCUACGGCCACGAUCCCGCCUAAAAAGAAUGCUCCAUACCUGCAGCAUUCCAACCUGCCGGAGGGAACUGUUUUCAUUGGCGUGGGAGCCGGACUUGGACUCAUAUUUGUCGCUGUGUUUGCGUGGCGUGCACUCGUUGCCUGGUCAAUCAACCGCUCCGUCCGCCGUGCCGCAACCGCACACCAAACAGAUGCGGCAGCUGCCCUUCUCAACCCGGCCAAGCGCAAGAGCAAGGCCUACCGCCAAUCCAGAGGUGGCUCCAUGUCCCUUGAGAAACUUCACAGCGGAAACACAUCUAGCAACCGACACUCUGCUAUUCACCGCAAAAGCCAACCGCCAAACUCCAGUCUCUUCUUCUCCCCGACUGCUGGAGCGAGCAAUUUGCACGCCGCCGGUAAUAGAGCCUCAGGAUAUCUCCCGGCAGGCUAUUAUGCCGCUAGCGGGGCCACUCCUGGCUCGGGAGCAGGCCUUCAACACAGCACUUCCUCAAUUGGCCUUGCUCCUCUUGGUCCCCAAUCACAAGGUUACUCACGAACAAGGUCAACAGGACCAACGCCUCCCGACUCGCCUGCUCUAUCACCUAACGCGCGGAGAUAUGAACAAACUCAUCCAUCUACAAGCAGUGUAAACCUCUCGUCACCUCCACAGGGCCGCGCACCAAGCGCAUACCUUGAAGACCUCUUCGAAAACCACCCCACAGGCCCUCAGCGAUAA